GAACCGUGCACUUUCCAAAGCAGGAGUUAAGUAACUACUUUUGAUGGAUUUGCUACAUUCUCACACCUCCCACUUAGUUCUGUUGUUCUCUAUCCAGAUCACCUAUGGCCCAUUUGACCCAAUCCUGCAUGACAAGGUACAGUUUCCAUCUCUCUAUCAGGUGGCCCCCAGGUUCUCCUCUCUGCCCUGGGGGAUGGUCCGGUUAAUGGUGCAUUUCGGCUGGACCUGGGUGGGGUUGGUGGUAUCAGAUGAUAUGAAAGGAGAGAGAUUCCUUUUGGAUCUGACCAGGGAGAUGGCCAGGAACAGUGUCUGUUCAGCUUUUACCAAGAAGAUCCCUAGUGGAAAGUUCAACCUUUAUAUAGCCCAGGGAAUCUACUCCAGUGUCACGGCUACAUCAGCUGCAGUGAUGGCUGCCUAUGGGGAUGCAGGGUCCCUGAGCCUUCUGAGAUUUGUGAUAGAGAAUUUUGGACUGUCCAAGAUGGUUUUGAUCACCACCUUUCACUGGGACUUCACUUUGAGCAUGACCUAUGAAACAAAUAGCUAUGAUUUUCAUGGGACUUUGACUCUGGCGAACCAUGCUAAAGACGUUCCUGGUUUCAGGGAUUUUUUGCGGACACUUAAACCAGCAAAAUAUCCAGAAGUCAUUAUCUUGAAGGAAUUCUGGGAAUCUGCCUUUGACUGUUCCUUAUCACUGCCUGAAAAGAGUGGAAUAAAAUGCUCAGAAAAUGCUUCCUUGGAGAUGCUGCCUGUGCACCGUUUUUCUCUGACAAUGUCUGCCCUGAGUUACAGUGUGUACAACGCUGUGUAUGCCGUGGCCCACGGGCUCCAGGACUUGCUUCUAUCCAACUCAAACCUGGAAUCUCUGGAAAAUGGGGACUGCCUGGUGCCUCGUCCUUGGCAGGUAAUAUUCCCGCUAGCGCAGGGAGCUGGUGUUGGGUAA